GUUGUUUUGUAGAAGACACCGAAUUACAUUAUUGAGAAAAAAAUGAAACUGUUGUUAUUGUGUAUUGUGGCUGGCAUAAGUCUUGCUUUUGCCAGUCCAACAAUGGGCAGAAGCAAAGUUGCUGAUAAGGUGUUUUUGGAACGUCAAAAGAAUAUUUUUCGAUUGCUUAUGCACAUAACACAACGAAAUACAUGGCAAGAUCAAGUCCAAAUUGGGCAAAAUUGGAAAAUUGAACAAAAUUUGGAUUCUUAUAAUAAUCCACAAUUGAUAAAAGAUUUCCUUGAAGAAUACAAUUAUUGUUUCUUACCUCGGGGACGAGCUUUCACAAUUGCGAAUAGAGUACAAAUUAAACAAGCUAUCAAAUUAUUUAACGUCUUCUACUAUGCCAAAGACUUCGACACCUUCUACAAGACUGCGUGUUGGGCUCGUGACAAUAUUAACGAAGGAAUGUUCAUUUAUGCAUUAACCGUAGCCGUAUUACAUCGUCCAGAUUGUCAAGGCAUUAUUUUACCUGCACCAUAUGAAAUUUACCCAUGGUUCUUCGUUAAUUCGGAUGUGGUCCAAAAAGUGUAUAAAUAUCGUAUGCAAAAUUGGAACAACUUGAAGAAUAUUAACAAUGAAAUAAUUAUCAACGCAAAUUACAGCGGAUGGUAUUUGAAUAUUGGAUCCGAUUCUAGAUUAACUUACUUCACCGAGGACGUUGGAUUAAAUUCAUUCUAUUAUUACUUCGCUAUGGAUUAUCCACCAUGGUUGGGAGGAGAAAAAUUCCCCUUAAAUAAUGAUAGACGUGGAGAAUUGUACUAUUUUGUUCAUCAACAGUUAUUAGCUCGAUACUAUAUGGAACGAUUAUCAAACGGCUUAGGCUCGGUUCCAUUAUUAAACUUUAAUUCACCAUCGAGUAUUCCUAGCUAUACACCAAGUUUACAAUAUCCAAAUGGAUUAUAUUUCCCAUUCCGACCAUCGAAAACCGAUUUAAUAUUUGACGAUUUUACUAGAAAUUUGUUGGAUCAAGUUUACACCACAGAAAUGCGCAUUCGUAACGCAAUUGAUUCUGGAUUUGUUAUAACGGAGGAUGGCGGUAAAAUUCCAUUAAUAACCGAAAAUGGUAUGAACAUUCUAGGAAACUUAAUCCAAGGCAAUCCAGAUUCACCCCAUCGUGUCUUGUAUGGAUUCCUUCCACAUUAUUUACGCUUAUUGUUAGGAUUUACUGGCAAAGCUUUACAUCCAUACAAAAUUCAACCAAGCGUAUUAGAGCAUGGAGAAACAAGUCUACGUGACCCAGCUUUCUACAGUAUCUAUAAGAAAAUUAUCUGGCUUUUCCAAUUAUACAUACAAAAAUUACCAUCGUACACACAUAACGAUUUAGUUUACCCCGGUGUUAAAAUCGAAAAUAUUGAUAUCGAUAAACUAGUCACAUAUUUCGAUACUUAUGAUUUCGAUCUAAAUAAUUUGUUAUACACCGAUUAUACCAAAGAAUUACAACUCGAUAACGAGAUUCGAAUUAAAGCGCGUCAACAACGUUUAAACCAUAAACCAUUUACAUAUCGAAUCAAUUUAGUUAGCGAAAAAGCCGGUAAAUCAAUUGUACGUGUUUAUUUAGGUCCAAAAUACGAUGAAAAUGGACAAUUAAUUCCGUUACAACAAAAUCGAUUAAAUUUCUAUUUACUCGAUUUGUUCAAAUAUGAAUUGAAAGCUGGUAAAAAUACUCUUGAACGCAAUUCCCGUCAAUUACGUUACUCUGUAAAGGAUCGUACAAACUUUUUAACACUUUACAAAAAGGUUAUGUUAGGUUUGGAGGGUUCAGAAGAAUUUAUUUUAGAUAACUCUGAAGCUCAUUGUGGUAUUCCAAAUCGUUUGUUACUACCAAAAGGUAAUCGCGAUGGUAUGGUGUUCCAAUUGUAUGUAAUUGUCAGCCCUCUUAAAGAGGAAGUUAAGCGUAAUUAUGAUGAUGUAAUCUCGUGUGGAGUUGGAAGCGGUACUCGCUAUGCGGAUAAUUUACCAUUGGGAUAUCCAUUUGAUCGUUGGAUUGGAGGAUAUACAUUUAACAAUGUACCAAAUAUUUAUCACCAAGAUGUGAUUAUUUACCAUCGACGUGAAGAAGAAAUUAAUGCUUCAAUACAAAAUUAGGCUGUAUGUGGAUUAAAAAUGGCUAUCAAAUUAUAACGAUUCAAUACAAAAGACUAUGCGUGGAUUAAAAAUGUCUUC